CGUAUCAUAUCCAACACGGUGUGAGUUUCUCUUAAAACACUCUCAAGUAUCACUAAGUGAACAUAUCGUCAAUAGUUGAAGUGUCCGAAACUAAAGGAUCCGUUACAUAAAAAAUAACAACUCGUCGCCGUCGACGUCUGAUAUCGAACUCGCGAUUGGCCGAUAUCGUUUGAACUAGUGAAGUUUUAGAGAGUGUUACAAUAAUCGAAUUAUCGAUGACGUAUAUAUAAUUUGAAAAUAUUGGUACCGAGGUGUAAAUCGUGUCUCGUUUAUUGUCUUGUAAUUAGUUGGUGUCUUUGGUAAUUUCUAUUGUUUGGGUAAUUGGAUUAAUUAGCCAUGGAGUUGUGGUAUUAAUUGAUGUUUUAACUGGUCAACUCUAUGUCUGACGGGACCCGACAUGGUGUUAAUACAUGGAGAUAUAAGAUUAAAUAGAUUUAAACUUGCUACUAUUUAUCAGUUGACGUCGACCAAACGUCGGAUCAAUACCAGUAACCGUAUCCGCAAUAACAAUCGCUAUCUAUGAUCGGUUUGUCUUGGAGUUAGGUCGGACGUGGAUUAUCUAGGAUGUACUACACAGAUGUGUUAAAUAUCAUAUUUGGACUGUGUGUCUUGUACCAUACCUUACCGGCAGUUGAUAGUGUUCGUUGGCUGGCUUUAGCUAAAAUGACUUCAAUAGGAAGCAUCGACAGUGAAGACCAUUGUGAUUCCUUGUACGGGUUUGUUAAAAGACAAAAGAAAUUAUGUCGUAAAAAUUUAGAGAUUAUGGACAAUGUUAAAGUGGGCGCUCUUGUAGCCAUAGAAGAAUGCCAAUCACAGUUUAAAAAUAGACGCUGGAAUUGUUCUACAGCGGAUAAUAAAAAACUUUUUGGAAAUGUGAUUUUAAAACAAGGUACAAGAGAAGCAGCGUUUGUACAUGCCAUAUCGUCGGCUGGAGUUGCGCAUUCUGUAACACGUGCUUGCAGUAGCGGUACACUUCAAAAAUGUGGUUGUGAUAGAACUGUACGGGGACGAUCUAAAGAAGGAUUUGAGUGGUCCGGUUGUUCGGAUAACGUGGACUACGGGAUGGCCUUUUCCAAGGCAUUUGUCGAUGCAAGAGAAAAAGGGAAGAAAAGAAAAAAUUCGGGUCGAGCUUUGAUGAACUUACAUAACAAUGAAGCUGGUAGGAAGGCUGUUGAUGCUAAUAUGAAGGUGGAUUGUAAAUGUCACGGUGUAUCGGGAUCGUGUGAGAUGAGAACGUGUUGGAAAGCAAUGCCAUCAUUCAAAAAAGUGGGAGAAAUAUUAAAAGAAAAAUUCGAUGGAGCCACGGAAGUCAAACAUCAAGUAAAAGGAACCAGGAAUGAAUUGGUUCCGUUAAAUCCACAAUUUAAAAGACACACAGAAUCCGAUUUAGUUUAUAUGGUGGCUUCACCCGAUUUUUGCGAAGCCGAUAAAAAGACUGGGUCAUUAGGUACCCACGGACGUAUUUGUAACAGAACGUCGAAAGCGAUAGACGGUUGUGAAUUAUUGUGUUGUGGGCGUGGUUACAGGACUCGUAUUGUGACAGUAGUAGAAAGAUGUAUGUGUAAAUUCUUAUGGUGCUGUUACGUCAAGUGCAAAGAAUGUGAACGUAAAGUGGAAGAGCACACGUGUCUGUGAAAUUAUUUUGGACGUGUUAUGUUAUUGUUUUCUGUUACUUAAAUCGUACACUAUGUCCGCCCAGUUGUAGUCCCAUAAAAAGUCCCUUUUAAAAAUAUGGUGUUCAAAAGGCCAUAACCGUGAAACACCAACCUUCAGUUCUAUAGAUCUGUUAUUAGAAAAGAAAAAGUUUGAAAUUCACACUCUACAAACUUUAUGUGCACUUCGUGCUAAAAGCAGUGUUCAAGAUUGACCAAUAAGACACGUUGAAUGAACACAAAAUGUGAUGACGUGUCGAUAAUGGACACGAAGAUGAUUGUCAAUACAUGCAACGAUUGACCUCAGUUUUAUUUAAAAAUUUGUAAAUAUUGUCGCAUUUUUGCUAUGUUAUGUGUAAAUGUUCGCGCUCUAUUUAUUAUUGUUAUACGUAUGUGUUUAAUCUAUGAGUGCCUAUUGUAUAGAAAUUAGACUCAGGAGACAAGGACGUCAGUAUUUUAGUGCUUAUCUCCCCUUUGUUGUAGACCAAUCAUAUGGCCAGUUUUAUAUCACGUGUUAGUGACGUGUAGGACCAAGAGUUCUUGUGGUAGUGAUGACGCCAUUAUUUGAAUCUCAAAUCUCAAAAUAGACUAAUGAUAUUCAUGUAGAUGCUAAUUGUUUUUAUUAUUUAUAGAGUAAUACUUUACUUUCUCUUAAUUCAGAACUUACAGAUUCUACUAUGUUCGUUUAAGUGAAUUUGUGCCUAAAUUAGAAACCCGUUAAUAAAAUUUAAAUAACCAUAGAUCCCAAUUAUUUAUUCUUCCAGGAAAAAAUGAAGUACACUUCCCGAAGUGUACAAUGAGACUGUUGGUAACUGUUCUUCCUCUUCUGAAUGAGCAUUUAUGAUGUAUAAAUUUGUAUUGAAUCCUGUACUGACCAGGGUAAUUAAUGCCGUAUUUGUUAAUUAUAUGUUAUUGUUAGAUAUAUUAUCGUUUUUGUACUAUUUGUAUAGAAAGAUUUUUUUGUAUAGUAUCAUUUAUUGUAAAAUAUAGAAUAUGUAGUAUAAUGAAUCGUGUAAACAAUUCUGUUUGUAAAAUAUGGAAAAAUAAGAUAAAUUUUUGAUUGUA